CAGCAAGGGGGGAAGGCAAGUGCUGGGAAGGGGAGGACUCUCCAUUCCAGGACAUAUUGCCGAGAAACUGCUCUGGUAUUGCCUUUUCCACCUGCAAAGUCCCUCCCAGACAGCACCUGCUUAAGUGCCUGCAGCCCCACCGAGGCAGAAAUAUGGUGUUCCUCUGGGGUCUGCUCUGCCUAUCUGCUCUGCACAGCCUCCUAAGGUUUUCUUUGGCACAUGCCAUUGACCAACAGCGUCUCUUCUUAGACAAAGAUGGGAAGCUGAAGGAUGUGAAAAGUGCUGGAAUUGUACAGUCUGAUCAGCUGAGAGCCAACCCAACCCUGCCAGAUGCAAAGCUGGUAGAAUUUACUUAUGACAGCUUCCAGAAGAUUGAUGGACCCAUGUCACCAUUUGCCACCAACCUUCCAGACACGAGGGAUAACCUAGAAGAUGAACCCAUAGCUGGGGCUGGGGGCUGUCAUGGAAACAAACUACCUGGGGAUCCUGAAGAAGGAGAGGCUGAAGAUAAAAGCUGUGAGAUGACUUGGAAGAAAAGCCAGAGGCUGGCAGAUGGCUUGGUGAGAUUCAGCAUCGAUCUCCUGAGAGAGGUCCAGCUGGAAUCCAACAGAACCAAUGUGAUCCUGUCGCCCCUCAGCAUCGCCCUCGCCUUGUCUCACCUGGCACUGGGAGCAGCAAAUCAGACAGAGAAGCAUUUGCUGGAGGUGAUGCACCUGGAGUCUGUGCCCUGCAUCCACCACAUGCUGGGCACCCUUCGCAGAAGGCUCAGCGAGUCCACCCUCAGCCUGGCAUCGCGUCUGUACCUGCAGAAAGGAUUUGAGGUGAAAGAGAAGUUCCUGGAGGAUUCAGAGAAAUUCUAUGGAGCAAAGCCCAUGACCCUUUCUGGGAUCAGUGAGAAUGACCUUGUAGCCAUAAACAACUGGGUAAAGGAAGCGACUCGAGGGCAAAUACCCACCUUCCUACAGCAGCUCCCUGAAAACACAGUGAUGCUCUUGCUCAAUGCAAUCCAUUUCCACGGAUUUUGGAGGAAUAAGUUUAAUGCUAGCUUGACUGAGACAGAUGUAUUCCACCUUGACAAUAAGUCUGUGGUCCCAGUUGAGAUGAUGAAAGCCCACCAGUACCCCCUGAGCUGGUUUACACUGGAGUCUCAGGACAUUCAGGUGGCCAAGUUUCCCUUUAAGAGUAAUGUGAGUUUUGUGGUCAUUGUACCAAACCAGUAUACUCGGAAUCCCUCUCACGUGCUGGAGAACUUCCCUUACAAACAACUAUGCAGGCUUUUCCCCAAAGAGGUGCCCACCACAGUGAAGAUCCCAAAAAUAAAAUUGGACUACCAGCUGGAACUCAACAAGGUUCUCAGUCAAAUGGGCCUGCAGGAGCUGUUCACAAGCCCAAAUCUGCAGAAGAUCACAGAUGAGCCUCUCUUUGUGUCCAGUGUGCAGCACCAGUCCACCCUGGAGCUUAAAGAAGACGGGGUGGAAGCAUCUGCUGCAACCAGUGUCGUGCUGUCCCGCUCGGUCUCUGUCUUCAGCCUCGACCGGCCCUUCGUCUUCAUAAUCUUUGAAGAUGAAACGGGCAUCCCGCUUUUCAUAGGCAGUGUCCAGAACCCCAACCCCAGUGCUGCUCCCCAGAUCCAAGAGCCACAGGACUCAAGUGAAGCCACAGAUGCCAAUAAGUACCACAUGCCCAAAUAAGAGAGGAGUAGAACCCAAGUGUUCUGGGACUGCGACCUGAUGCUCUGGACCAGCUGAGAGGCCUCCUGCCCUCAGAGACCUCCCUCUGAGGCCACAGGAGGCAAUUCCUUACUAUUUUCCUUUACAGAUCCCUAGAGACCAGUCCUGGGAUAGCCCAUUCCAGCCUUGACAAGCUUCUCCAGGCUGAGGUUCCUCUCUGUUGAACCUGAAAAUCUUGCUCUGCCUGGAUUUCCCUUCCAAGGCUCUCAGUCAUGGAAGGGAGACUUUCUUGUCCCCAGACUGUUAUUAGAGUCUUUAUUAAGAUCUUAUUAGAGUCCCCCAUAGCCUGGAAUCAUCAUUAGCAUCUGGCAGCUUGGACAACAGCCAGAGAUAUAUUAAUAUGGCUCUUCCUUCCGCAGUUCCUGGGAACAUGUCUCCCUCAAUGUUCCUCUGAAAACCAUCUGUGCCCACCUAGAAAAUGACCUCUAGAGCAACUGGACUAGUAACCAGUUGUCCUCUCUAGGAUGAGUCACAGCCACUUCCAGGCACAGGCUCUUUUAAAAGAUUCCCUUUUCCCACUCCUUGGCAAUUUGGAUUUGAUGUAGGAGGCUCUGCAGUGGGAAACCACUUUGGAUCCUUAUCUGCAGCCCUUUUCCGGGAAACUCUAGAGGUUGGGUAAUGCUAGAUUUUUCAAGACAUAUUUUAUAGAGUGUUUUUUAGUAAUUUUUAUGUUGGCAGAAUAAUAAAGAAUAAAGCAGAAUA